CUGGGCCAAGACCCUCGUCUGCCACGUCAGCUCAUGCUCGGCCUUUUCGCCAAAUGCCAGGACAUCAACCGGCGUUGAAUAUUUACAUUCACUAAGGGGUUGUUACUAUAGUUCAUUUCUUAGACAGCGCGACCAGGCAAUAGGGUUUGGGUCCCUAAGAUAGUCGCCCGGGGCCCGGCCUGGUCCAUCUUCUAUCACAGGAUGGCUUCCUUGCUACACACGGCUAGGGAACGUCGCAGGGAUGCGCCUCAUGCAGUAGCGCGCCUGAUUCCAAAGGCGGUCCCAGCGCCCACAUGUGCAGCACCCUGUACAUCCUUUGGGACAUCCCCGCCGGAGGACGUGGCCUGCUCACCCGCGGACUCUUUCCUGGCUUCUUGUGCCAGUCUUGGAUCCAGCUUCUCAGAACUCUCGCUAGGAAGCUCGUUUGACCCUCCUGCACAUCUUCCAUUUUUGCCGAGGACAACGAGCCUAGUACGCAAGCCGUUACCUGACGAACAUGCGUCAUUUUUGCGAAAGACCCUAAAGAAACUACGCCCUGGACAGCAACUCCCGGCGCGCAAGGUCCGCAUUCUGGGCCGCGGUGGAGUGGGUGAGGUAACCCUCCUCGAGUUAAACCUCCCAGCUAGUACCGACGCCAACAGCGACGGCAACGCCAGCAAGAACUGCAGCAAGAGCGGCGGCGGUACAUUGCUGCUAGCUCACAAAGCCAUCACAUGCCGUCGCUACGAUGCAGCCCGACACGCCCGCGAACUCGCAGCCAUGGAGGCCGCAGCCGCUGGCUGCCCCUUCAUCCUACGCGUGUACGGCAGUUCCCUUCCCAUUGGCAAACCGCCGUACGCCAUCUACACCGAAUACGCGCCGCUAGGGUCGCUAGCCGAUCUGAUCGAGUCACGACGGCGGCAUCGGGGGCCCCGCUACCGCACGGCUGUAGCAACAGAUCCACAGCAGCUGUCGUACUUUGACGAGCAUGAGAUCCGCUGGCUGGCAGCGCGCGUGCUGGCCGCCCUGGUGCACUUGCACUCCUUGGGGCUGGUACACCGCGAUGUGUCUCCGCACAACAUCUACCGCUCCGCCUCCGGACAUCCCCUCCUCGCGGACUUUGACGCGGUUGCCGCAGUGGACGAGGACGGCUACGUGUACGGAACCGCGGGUCGGUUGAGCUGCGCGGCGCCGGAGGUACGAGCGGCGGCGUACGGCGGCGGGCCGUACAACGGGGCGCGGGCGGACAUGUGGGGCCUGGGUGCUGUGCUGCUGGAGAUGGUUUCGGAGCAGGAGCUCUGUCAGGGUCCGACGCUGGAGGAGUGCUCGGAGGCGCUGCGGGAUUUGAUCCUAGGAGGGCUGCUGGUGCCUCAGGCCCGGCGGUUGGACGCCGCUGCCGCCCAGGCGCAUCCCUUCUUUGAGGGUGUGGACUGGAGCCGGCUGGAGUUCGAGCCCGCACCGCUUGGCCUCGGCCCAGAUGGGCUGCUGGACGAGUAGGUGCGCCACGCAUGCAUGCAUGUAACAGGCAGCAUGCGACUGAAUACCGUUGGCGUGCAAUGCUCUCCAUAUGUGACGCAUGCAACACUGGUUCAGGCAGCCGUGCGCUGCUCAGUGCUUGGUGAUGCUUGCAUGGUACUGUGCGGGAAAUGGAGAGUAAGACGUGAGUAUCUUGUUUGGUGACCCUUGGGUCGUUUGUGGGAUACGUGAAGAGGAAGGGUGCGAGGGUUACGGGGGGCUUGAGGCUGCAGCGUAUGACGUUGGCGGUAACUGUAGAGUAUAAAGCAACGGUGCCGUUGACGGAGAAGUCGAUGGAGAGUCUUAAGAGUCAAGUGAAUGACAGUUGUUGAGUAGAAGAGAAGAGAACAAGCAGCAUCAUGCCUUAGUUAUCAUCAAGGCAUGUGCACAGAGCCAGUAGUGUACGUAUAUUUAGGCUUGGGAUUGCGGGCAUGUCAGGCCGCAUGCGCUUUGGCGGUUGGAUGAUUACCACUGUCGCAGAGGCUUACCGGGGUACGUGCUGCGGUUCAGGAAGCGCUGGCUACUGGACCCCACUGGUACAUACUCCGCGUGUAGGUUCGCUUGCCGGUUGUUCGUGAGCGGUGGGCUUGUAUGUAUAAUGUCAUCUUGAGGUCCUGGUAUCCGUGUUGGAACGGUGCAGUAGCUAGCGUAAAGCACGCUCGGCCCGAUUGUGAAUGAGGAGAGGGGAGGUAAAGGUAGGAACGCGCAAUGUGCAGGCGGUUGAGAAGGAAUAUGGAAGGCAAUGGCCGCAUGCAUGAUUGGGUAUGUCUGCGUGCGAGCAGCAUCGUGCAUGCGGAGGUUUCCCCCGCUGUGCAGUGGGUGCCUGGUGUUCAUGGUGGGACAUGUUGGGGUUCAUGCCUGUGUCAUAUUUCCCUACGGAAGUGUGGUGCGCGGGCAGGGGUGGUUGGGUUGUAUCUCAUCUGGAUCUGUAGGUGUGUUUUGUUCGGCGUUUUGCUUCUUGUGUAGGUUGCAUGGAUUAUAGAAUGUGCUUGCCAAUGAUAGGAGUAGGGUACUAGUACCAAUCAAUAGCUUUGGCAACACAGGGUUAGUAGAACAGGCUUCCGCAAUUCAUGAAAGCAGCCGCAUAUCGGUUUCGGCGUAGUCACAAUAACAUGCUGUACCAUCCACCGCAACAGGUGGCAUGGCGGCGGUUAAUGAAAGGCUCUUGUUUGGCUGGGUUUGUGGUCUUACAGAGGUGGGUGUGUUGUUGGCACUGCACGUAGAGGCGAGCGUGCAGGCGGCGGUGCAGCGGUUGACGCAUGCACACGACACGGGGGUGCAGCGCGUGUGUUACGGUUAAAUGGAUGAUGGACCGACAGGUGUUCAUGCAACGUUGCCGGUUUAUUGGUACGGCAGCAGCAGAAAAAGCGGCAGCCAAGGGAAUCACUCUCUGCCCGCACGUGUGUGUGUGUGUGUGUGCGGGUGUAUCUCGGCAUUUCCCUUGUGCGCAACCCUUGUAAGUAAGUACGGUAAGCGCCGGCUUGCCUAACUCGGAUUGUCCAAGCACGCGCGGAGGGCUCUGAUGCCAAGGGGUACAGCACCGAAACACCCGCCUUAACCCUUCCUC